AUGGCAUCUUCAGUUUUCUACAAAUGGGCAAGUAGAAAGGACGAGUCUCGUAUCUCUUUCGAAGGCACUUCUAUAACCGUUUUCGACCUCAAACGGGAAAUUAUUCUUGCCAAUAAUUUAGUCAAGGGAAAUGACUUUGACAUUCACGUUUACGACGCGGCCACAAAACAAGAAUUGCCCGAUACUCAAAUCGUGCCCCGUUCGUCAUCAGUGAUCGUGAAGCGAUUGCCAAUUCCACCGAGAACGAAGAGCAAAAUCCCCAUGUAUGUUGCAGGGGCUUCUCCUGCAGUCCCUACCUCCGAAGUCGUCGCGCGUCAGACACCAGGUGGUACAACCACUUGGCACAAGGGUGCUCUCUCCAAAAGAUUUGACGGUAAAGAUGAGUCUGCACCCAAACCUGCAACACCGGCCAUAACGGCCUCCCCGGUCAAGUCAGCUGUCGUCAAGGAAGAUGAAGCUGCUGCAAUGGCCGCUAUCUUCAGUGCCCAGACACAGAACUGGGAGGAAACCCAAGAAAAGAUGUCACAAGCAACACCUAUUUACAAUAACCCUCGAGGUACUGGAUUUGGGCGGGGAGGCGGUCCAGGCAAGCCACACAUGACCCAAGACCGACCACUGCCUCCCAGUUAUGUGUGCUAUAGGUGUGGACAGAAAGGCCACUGGAUCCAAGACUGCCCGACCAACAAUGACAGAGAAUUCGACAACCGACCACGAAUCAAACGGACGACCGGUAUCCCAAGGAGUAUGUUGAAAGCAGUCGAGAACCCCAAUACUGCAGAUAUUGGUCAAGGAAUCAUGGUAACACCAGAAGGAGGAUACGUCGUUGCCCAACCAGAUUUAGCGUCUUGGCAAAAGCAAGUAGCCCGACCCAAAGGUCUCACCGUUGCAGAAGUCCGCGAGAAAACCCCAACAGAUCCUUCAUUAACCUGUCCAAUCGACAACAAACUCUUCCGCGACGCGGUCAAGACACCCUGCUGUGGAACCGCGUAUUGCGAAGAAUGUAUCCAAACUCAUCUCCUCGAGCGGGACUUCAUUUGUCCCCACUGUUCUAAAAAGAUUGCUUCUCUCGACAAACUCAUUCCUGAUAAAGAAAGUCGAGACAAGGUACAUGAGUAUAUUGAGAAGGCUAUUGAAGAGAGCAGGAACCAGGGUGGUAGCGGAGAUAACAAGUCGAAGGCCGACGGCGAGUCGGAGCAGUCCGGCUUUGAAGCACAAGACCAAGACAUCUACUCCGAACACCAGCCCGACAUGAACAUCGAAAUGUCGCAAGCUGUGGUAGACAGCAUCCCCCAACUCCAAGCCUCCAUCGCCCAGAUCUCCAAAAUGCUCCAAAAUCCAGGCUUGCCUCCAGACGUCCGCCAACAAACCGAACUACAGCAUCAACAACUGCAGAUGCAGCUACAGGAAGCCCAGAUGAUGGCCGCUGCACUCGCAAUGGCCGCCACUUACACGCAACAGCAGCAGGCGCAGAAUAUGCCCACCAAUACGGUGGGAUAUGGGACGCAAUAUCAACAGAGUUGGACGAGCCAAUAUAUCAGCCAGCAACCUGGUCCAGACUCUGCCUACCAACGGUUACCCGUGAACAACCGUCGAAGAAACUUGAAGCGAGAACGACCCUCGGAUUUCUUAGAUGUUACGGGAGAACAGGACAGCAAGGUUCCACGGUACUGGGAGUGAGCCGUCGGACAUCCCGUGUGGUGCCUUUAGUGAUUUGCAGUGCGGUUUGGGCGUAGACUUUGGAGUCCUCAUGUAUAUUAUUUAACCAACUCGAUGG